CCCGGACUCAGGGCACAGCUCCUCCCUUCCAGUGAAAUGAAACUAACAGCCUCCUGGACCCAGGCAGCAGAAGAGAGAGAAGCUAAAAGGUUUUCCCCGCCAGCUCUGCCCCCUCUGGCUCUCCUGUCCCAGCGUCAUGAUGGAGCUCAGUGAUACCCCGGCCAGGUCUCUAGACAAGUUCAUCGAAGACCACCUCCUGCCAGACGAGGAUUUCCGCACACAGGUCAAUGAAGCCAUCCACAUCAUCUGCAGUUUCCUGAAGGAGAGGUGUUUCCGAUGGGCCUCCCACCCUGUUCGGGUGUCCAAAGUUGUGAAGGGUGGCUCCUCAGGCAAAGGCACGACCCUCAGGGGCCGAUCAGAUGCUGACCUCGUCAUCUUCCUCACCAAUCUUAAAAGUUUUCAGGAACAACUUGAGCGCCGAGGAGAAUUCAUCAAGGAAAUUAGGAGACAGCUGGAAGCCUGUCAAAGGGAGGAAACACUUCAAUUUGAAGUGGAGUUUGAAGUCCAGGAACAGCCAUGGAAGAAUCCCCGUGCUCUCAGCUUCGUGCUUAGAUCCCCUCAGCUCCACGAGUCGGUGGAGUUUGAUGUCCUGCCCGCUUUUGAUGCCCUGGGUCAGUUGACCAGAGGCUACAGAGCUGACCCUAAAGUCUACGUCCGGCUUAUCCAAGAGUGUGAGUCCCUGGGGAGAGAGGGCGAGUUCUCCCCCUGCUUCACGGAGCUGCAGCGAGCCUUCCUGAAGGAGCGUCCAACCAAGCUGAAGAGCCUCAUCCGCCUUGUGAAGCACUGGUACCAAAUGUGUAAGGAGAAGCUUGGGAAGCCACUGCCCCCACAAUAUGCCCUGGAGCUCCUGACAGUCUAUGCUUGGGAGCAAGGAAGCAUGGAAACAAGAUUCAGCACAGCUCAGGGAUUUCAGACUGUCUUGGAAUUAGUCCUGAAGCAUCAGAAGAUUUGCAUCUACUGGACAAAGUAUUACAACUUUGAAAACCCUAUUAUUGGACAAUACCUGUCAAGGCAACUUGUAAAACCCAGGCCUGUGAUUCUGGACCCGGCUGACCCUACAGGAAACAUUGGUGGUGGAGACCCAUAUAGCUGGCAGCGGCUGGCACAAGAGGCUAGAGCCUGGCUGAGUUACCCAUGCUUUAAGAAAUCGGACGGGUCUCCAGUAGGCUCCUGGGAUGUGUCGCCCCAAGACCUGACGUACGAGGCCUAUGGUUUUAGACAGCGCUGUGGAACCUCUCCGAGACUCAGACUCCAUGGAGGGGCCCCCCCCAAGGUGGAAGAGGAUUGGACGUGUGCCAUCCUCUGAAUGCCAGAAUCUCUUACAGAUAGCAUUUUCCGACAGCUCCCUCCCCACCGGAGCCUGUUCUCCGACAAUAUCCUCUGAGAGACAGCAGGAGAGACUCAGACAAAAGAGAGGAAUCCCAGUCUUCACGCUCUUCUCUGUACCUGGUGGGAGGGUUGUGGUCCGAUUUAUUGUCAAUAACAACAAAAAUAGUAGCAAAUACCAUUUGUUGGGUGUUAAUUAACCACAAGGCACAGAGCCAAGAAGUAUAUCUGCAUAUUA